AAUGCUGAGAUGGAAAAAAAACGAGAGGACCAGCUGCUUGGAGGCAGAAUUGAAAGCAAAAAAAAACAACCCCACACUUCGGCAGGUCGGUUCAGGCAACCACUUCCUGUACUGUCACAGGAAGUAGAGAGGAAUCAGGGUUUUUUUAAUUUCAGCUGCUGAAAAAGGAAACUCUAAGAGGCCAUGCUGAGACGAGGAGAGACAUAGCUGAUCACACCACUAACAAACUGGUCCUGCCAAGUGUUCAGGCAGAGUGUUAAAGGGUACAUCAGGCUGCAGACAGGAUGUUUCACAAGGUAACCAAAGACCUGGCAAAGCAGCUGGCUCACGAUGGAGAUCUGAUCCCAGUUUGCAGCCUUAUCGACCAAGAUCAAUUCAGACCCCUAAACCUCGUUCGAAGGCAACCAAAAAAGAGAUUAUGGAGGACUCAGCACUGCUACUACAAAACAGGAUUUAGGCUCUGUGACGUUCUGGUACCUGGACAGGACAGCAGAAAUCCAGAUGUUCAGGAUUCACGCUCGAUCACUGUUAAGGAUUACAUUGAUGGCACAGUAGCGUGGACUAUUAAGCUGCCUGAUGACUUUGUGAGAACGGAAGUGACAGGAGCUACCAGCACCUACCAAGGGAAGUCCAUCAAGGUGAAAAGAGUAGAGGUCAGCCCAGCAGACCUUAUGAUGCUACAAGGAGAAAGGAAAAUCAACAUGGACCAUUCCUUCAUUGAGGGUUUAAGGAAGCGCAGAGAGAACUUGUACGUGAUCAAUGAGGCUGUACAGGCUUUGGAGGAGACCACAUUUUCCAAGUCCAGUACCAUAGAAGGCAGCAUUCUGAAUGAGAUCUGUGUCCAUUUUUCAUUAAAGGGCACCAGAGGCAGCCAGAGAGUCAUAGUUAUCCCUAAGGACUGUGUCUUGGCAUUCAGAAUCAAGCCUCUCAUUAUUCAAAGUGAAUCAUGGGGCAUUUCCCAUUAUCCAGAUGAUGAAACAUUUGUUGCCGAUGGUCCAGCAGAGGAAUCUGAUUACUCCCCAGAUAGAGGAAUGGAAGGCCUACAGAGAGAAGUUGAAAAGGAAUGUGCAGAGCUCUCACAGUUGUCCACAGAUCUGCGUGCCAAGUUCUUAAAAUCAAUCAUAGCCAUGAUAAUAAACAUCGACCUCUUGCAAGAACUCAAACUCAAGCUAGAAGAGGCUUUUGAAGAUGCUGAUAAAUGUGAGCUAAAGAGUGAGAAUCCAGACUUGGAAGACUUGCUAAACACUUUACAGGAUUCUGCAGGAAACAUAAAUCUUUACCUUGCUGGGCCGGUUCUCUACACUCUUCAAGCACUUGGUGAGCUAACUGCGGAUCAGUUAUUGCGGCUGGCACAGUCUGUGAAGAAGCAGAUUGUAUCCAAACAGCUUGAGCUGGUCAAGAGCAUCUUGAAGCAAGAUUUGCACCUGAAAGAAGCUUUCAGCCUGGAUGCCAAGCUGGUCUCCUCGCUGCAAGAGGAGGAACUGAACAUAACCAAGGCAAUGAUAGAGCUGGGUGGAGUAACACUACAGAGUAAUGGACCUUCUUUCACUGGGACUGGAGACUUGGCAGCUUUCUCAGCCCUCAAAGCAUUGUAUGUAGCCUUGUAUGCUUUACAUCUUCUGUCUAGAUCAGACUAGACAUGACACCUUUCCUCACAUUAGAAGGGAUGUCAAUAGAAAGACUGAAAAAAGAUUUCCUGAGGUUGAUUAUGGGAAGUGAGUUUUUCUCUACAAAAAGAAUCCCCAAUUUUAUACACACCCAUACACUGUAGCAACCUUUCUUUGAUCUGGAUGAGACUCUCUUCAUGUCUCCUCAGUGCUGCUUCUAGAUCAGUGGGUGGGAGAAGGGGACUGUUGCAAGUUGCCUGGCAGCCAAAGAAAGUGAGAAACCAGAACCAAGAAUUAAAACACGUUCUCUCAUGACAACCCAUGGCCCAGGACAUCAUGAGCUUGUCUGCCAUAUUUUGGCAAAACCGGCCAAUGGGAGCUUUUUUUUUUUUUUUUUUUUUUUUUGGAGGGUGCGCCUGCGGGCCAGAGCCGGGCAGAGCUGCUUGCGCACCUCUGCCUAGGAGCUGGACCUGCCGCUGGCCGCUUCAGGAGCGGCACGGUCCGCGGUGCCAGAAUGGGCAUGAAGCCUGCCUUUGCACCCUGGCUGCACCACUGACCGGGAGCUGCCAGAGGUAAGUCAUCUUUAUCCUGUUUUUCUAGUUCUGAUAAGGUGGGUAAGGUAAUAUAUCUUAUUGGACCAACUUCUGAUGGUGAAAGAGACAACCUUUCGAGCUACAGAGAGUUCUCCUCCAGAAGAAGAGCUCUGUGUAGCUUGAAAACUUCUCUCCUUCACCCACCAAAGUUGGUCCAAUAAAAGACAUUAUCUGACCCACAUUGUCUCUCUGAUAUCCUGGGACAAACACAGCUACAACCCUACGAUUUUGUAGUUCUGUAGUUUUGAUUAUGGUAUUAAUAAAACUCAGUUUCUCUGUGUG